GUGUCAACCAGCACAAAAGCGUUCAAGGUGUAUUGGCUGCUAUUGUUGGUGGUGCAUUUUGCUUCACUCGCCCUCGGUCUCCUCGAAACCAUUUCGGAAGAGGCUCAAUUUUAUCCCAUUGCUCGCUCGCUGGCAGUAAAUUUGGACGAGUUAAGCCCGAUAGUAGAGCGUCAGCGGUCUUUUACGCGUAAACAGUGUCCGUGGGGGAACCGAAACCUGUUCAGCAGGACGAUUGCUUUCUGCGCCCGUGCGGGAGAAAAUCAGCAGCACAGCUCCAGCACGCAACAGCGAGCGGGACACACACCACCACUUGACACGGACGGGAGGCGGUCCCCACCCAACACGGUCCGCUUUCGGUUGGCGGGGGAUGCGUUUCGUCGCGGAUACGGCCACCCGACUGACAUGAGCUGAUCGGUCCGCCAUUUUUCCGUCUACAUCAACCCAACAACCAACAGUAGCCGAAACGAGUAGUACGGUACGCGCAAAGAUGCAAGCCGAAUUGGAUUCGGACCAUGUCUUCCAGCCGGGGCGUAGCGACAUGGGGCUGAAAACGCUUUACAACACGAACAGCGUGCUGCGCAAGAUCGCCAACCUGUACGCGGAGCGGCUGAUGUCGGACGUCACGCUGGUGGUGGGCGAAAAUCGCUACCCGGCCCACCGGAUCAUCCUGUGCGCGAGCAGCGACGUCUUCCAGGUGAUGCUGAUGAACGCGACCUGGCGCGAGUUCGGCGACGCGGUCAUCACGCUGCAGGAGGAGGAACGGUGCCAGGGCGUGUUUCCCCAGUUUCUGCGCUACAUGUACGUCGGCAAGAUGACGAUCUCGGUCGACACGGCCGUCUACAUACUGAAGCUCGCGGACAAGUACAACAUCCACGAUCUCGUGCAGAUCUGCAUCAACUACAUGAAGCUGCACCUGAACAAGGCGACGGCGAAGGGCCACUUCGUCGAGUGGCUGCACAACGCGCUGCAGAUCUGCCCGGGGCGGAAGGAUCUGAUCUCGAUGCUGGAAAACUACCUGAAGUGGAACCUCGAGCGGAUCGUGUCGUACCCGGGGUGGGAGCAGCUCAGCCCGGGCCUGAUGAACUGGCUGCUGCAGCAGAACGAUCUGGUCGUCCGGAGCGAGUUCCGGCUGUACGAGCUGGUGGAUGUGUGGUUCCGCUACCAGCGCGCGCAGAUCGAGGGCCGGUACGAGAUGCGCGACCAGGACCGGGAGAGCGCCAUCAACAAGCUGAUCCACGGCGUGCUGGUGCACAUCCGGUUCGCGAUGAUGAGCCUGCCGCAGCUCGCGAACGUGCUGAUGAGCGGCGCGUCCGUCCGGAACCUGAAGGAGUUCUACGUCGGCCGGGUCGCGGACGGCAUGAACUUCCACUCGCACCAUCUCGAGAUCGUCGGCGCGAUACGGGCGAGCGAGAUGGGCGAGCUGCAGUUCACGCCGCGGCUCUACUCGAGCGACCUGUGGAGUCUCGAGAUUGCGGUCGACUACUUUCACCGGGUGGAGAAGUACUCCAGCGUCGCGUCGGUCUUCUUUACGCCCACCAGCUUUAGCGACGUGGACGAGGAAAGCAACGGAUGGGAUGUGGAAUUUUUCCCGCUCGGCGUACGGUACAAGCCGGCACAGCUGAUCGGCAUCUACAGUGCGGCCACCAACCGGGAGAUACCGGAAUGCAUCAUACGCACGGUGCGCUUGCGAAUCACCAGCCAGUCAGCGAUGCGAACCGAGUGCCGAUACAUGGUCGGUGUGCUGAUCUGUGGCAUGAUGAACGAAGAAGAGUACGUGCGCCACUGUCACGUCCGGGUGGCAUACUUCUCCAGCGAUCAUCGCGUGCUGAACAUCGACAACCUGAUACCGAUCGGGGAGCUGCAGAUGGGUACGCGAAAGUACAGCCAGUACAUGGUCGGCGAGGAGCAGAACACGAUCAGGAUAAAGGUCGUGAUCGUACCGCUGAACCGUUUCUCCAACGUGUUCGCACCACCGUCGGAGUGAAGCGACCAGACGCGCGACAAGCUACGCUAGGGCAAGGAUGGACUUAGGUUUAGAAGCAAACGAGAGGAUUUCAUAGUUUGCGUCGUGUUGUUGAAAAAAGGGCCAUGCAUUUUUUGUUAAAUUAUUCCUCUACUAACUUACACAUCCUGCUGUAUCGAAACGUAAUUUGGAACUUCGACAUAAUUCAUCACAAGACGGGGGAAAAGCUGCGGUUCUUUUUGUUUGCUGGCUUUCUUUGAGUUGAAAAAUUGGAAUUUGAACUGAAACUAUUUUGUGAACUGUUAUUCUACUUUGCGACCACGAUUGCCCUGGAAUGGCAUUAUUUUCCUUACUCUUGUAACACAUUUGAACGAGAAUAGAACUGUAGUUAGUGUAAACCAAACAGCCAAGGGCAGAGGGUAGUUUGUUAUUCAUUUAUUCAAAAAUUUGCCGCUUGCACCCAAACACAGGCUGGUUCACUGAGGCGAUGUGAAUAAUGCGAGACUGGGCGGGUGUGUGUGUGUGAGAGAGAGAGAGUGUGUGUGUAUGUGGAAGUGAUUGAGCAUUAGAUUCCGAAUUAAAUUGAAAACGAGAUAUUCGUAUUCUCUUUCAGUAUGGAUUUUUGUUACUGAAACAUCUACAAAUUUUCAGUACUAUUGCCACCUUUCGACUGAGCAUUGAGCAAAGCAGUGUACCGAAUGCAUUGCAGUAUAGUACAUUUUUUUCAGCAAUCAGAAAAAUCAGGAAACAAUUCGCCGUCUAACCAACCUGCAUACGAUCAAACCGACAUACAAUCAAAUCAACCUGCCAGUUGAAACAUCAAAGCAAACACGACCUUCGCUUCGUUCGUCGUAUGGGAAAAUAUUGAUUUUGGUAGGCGCUUUCGGACAAGAAAUUUUCAGAUUUUCGGAGGGAAUGAUUGAAAGAGCCCGUUUUGUUGCGUGAAGUAUCAGCUAGAAUUAUAAACUUUUUGUUUUCAAGAGGUGCACUAAAAUUAGAAUCAAAGAGGAAGAAUUA